AGAAGGAACCUUACUCCCAGCUAGGGAUGGCAGUGGAUCUGAACCCGACCCGAAUCCGUGGAUCCAGAUCUGUCUUUCAUGGAUCUGGGUCCUCAAAUUUUGGACCCGACGGAUCCGGGUCGGAUCCGGGUCUAGCUGGAAAAAACGGAUCUGGGUCCGGAUCUAACUACCAGACCCGGGCCCGGAUCCGUAGAUCCGUUUUAUAAAUUUAUUUUUUUUAAAAAAUAAAAUUCCUAAUACAUGACUCACAAAGUCACAAAUUUCGGCCCAUAUUUAGCAACUGAAAUCAACCCAAAAAAAAAAAAAAAAAAACCCUAAUUUUCUCUCUCUAGUUUCAUUCUCCAAUCUCCACCAGCCACCACUCAGCCUACUCUCCACGAGACCACGACUCCAUCAGAUCGGCGGCGAUCUCCGAUCAGUUCUGUUAGAUCGGCGGCGAUCUCCCUUCAUUCCUUUUAUGGAAGCACAAUCAAAUUUUAAAGAUAGUAAUGAUGAACCAUUUACGGUCCCUUCGGAUAAAGAGGAAGAAGAGGAAGGAGAAUUUGAGGGUUUUGUUGAGGUCGAAAAUGAUACUACGAAAGAAAGUGAGUCUAGUAGUAUUAAGAAAAGUAAGAAACUAACUUCUGAAGCAUGGGACUAUUUUGAUCUGACUACAAUCAAUGGUAUACAAAAGGCAAUUUCCAAGUUUUGUAAAAGGAGCGGAAGUAGUGGGAAGAGGACACGGGAUGAGGGUGACAAUUCCUCACCUACCACACCAACCAGCGUGGGUGUCGGUGAUGAGAGAGUAGCUCGUGCUGAAGGUAUUAAAAAGGCUAAGUCGAGGUUGAAGGGUAAAGCUCCAUCAAGUCAAGCAUUUAAGGAAUUAGAAACAUUCAACACUCGAUUGCAGCUUUUUGGGGAGUCGAUGAAUGUGUCAAACGAAGCAGAAAUGAAGAGACUUGAAAUACAAGAGCGCAAGGAGGCAAGGAAACAACGGAAAAUUGAGCUAGAGCAAUAUAGGAUCAACUGGGAGCAACUAUCUCGUCUAGAACAGAAAGUAAACCGAGAGCAAUGGGAAGACGAAAUGAUAGUAAUACUUCGGAACAAUAUUCAACGUUUCAAUAAUGAUGCUUAGUGUCCUUUAUUUUUAUUGUAGUUAAGUGUGUUCAAUUCCUUUGUUGUUCUUCAUUUUCAGUAGUGAUAAGUUUUCAAUUCCAGUUCAACCUCUUGUACUCAUUUCCUUAUGUUUGUACUUUAUCAAUUAAUCAAUAAAAUGUAUCUUUUUCACUUUCCCAUUUUCAUAGCCCAUGUGAUCUUAUUCUGUUUAUUCGAUUAUAUCAAUUUGUCUCUUUAUAUAUAAUUGUGUCAGUAUCUUAAUUUCCCCUUUGUUAGCCCAUGUGAAACCCUUCUUCUCCAUUCAAUUUCUGUGUGGUUCUAAUCCAGUGUUUGUCAUAGCCCAUGUGAAACCCUUCUUCUCCAUUCAAUUUCUGUGUGGUUGUAAUUCAUUGUUUGUCAUAGCCCAUGUGAUCUUUGUCUCUUUAUAUUCAGCUAUUUCUGAAGAAGAAUUACAAAUUAGUUCACUAUAAAUAAACACCAUUCUUUCAUUUUGUAUACACACACACAUAAAUCGUUUGCAGUUACUAUUAGCAAACCUCACUUUAUCUUACAUUUCUUACGUACAAAAUGAAUUCAAAUAGUUUAAACGAAAGCUCAACCGAUACCCCUUCAUCUUCAUCUAACUCGGAUGAUGAGGGAAGGGAGCUUAGAGUUCAACAACGUAAUGAAGUGUGUCUUAUGAUACAACACGUAAUGCAUGAGUACAUUCCACCAAUUAUUCAGGCUGCCACUCAGCAACGCCGACGAAAAUCUAUUGAGCCCCAAAAGGAUAGGGGACGCGAAGGUCAUGCACGGUUAUACAACAACUAUUUCGCGGAAGUCCCAGUUUAUCCAAGUUCCUUGUUCCGGCGCCGGUUUCGAAUGCGUAAACAUGUGUUUGAGCGCCUUCUCAACGCAGUGACCCAACAUGACCCUUGGUUUCAACAAAGGCGAGAUGCGGCAGGUCGUCUUGGUUUGUCUCCACUUCAAAAGUGCACUGCGGCCGUUAGACAACUAGCUUACGGGUGUGCUUCAGACGCUUGUGAUGAGUAUGUCCGUAUAAGUGAGGCUACUUCACGAUUGGCACUCCAAAAGUUUACAGAAGGUGUCAUCAACCUGUUCGGUGAUCAGUACCUACGCCGUCCAAACAUCGCAGAUAUGGAAAGAUUGCUACGUAUUGGGGAAGAACGUGGAUUUCCUGGCAUGAUAGGUAGCAUUGAUUGUAUGCACUGGGAGUGGAAGAACUGUCCACACGCAUGGAAGGGGCAGUAUCAAGGAAGAGAAGGAGUUGCAACUCUCAUACUGGAGGCAGUUGCGGACAGAGAUCUAUGGAUAUGGCAUUCGUUUUUUGGGAUGCCAGGUAGCUGCAACGAUAUUAAUGUGCUUCAUCGAUCCCCUGUGUUCGAAGACGUCUUAGAGGGUCGAACACCUCCUGUCAACUUCGUAGUCAAUGGUCAUCAUUAUACGAAUGGGUAUUAUCUUACUGAUGGAAUCUACCCUAGAUGGGCUUCUUUUGUGAAAUCCAUUACGAGUCCACAAACUCAUAGGAUCGUUUAUUCGCAAAACACCAGGAAGCUGCAAGAAAAGACGUUGAACGUGCAUUUGGGGUCCUUCAAGCUCGUUUUGCCAUUAUUAAAAAGUCGUCUUUGGCGUGGGAUACCGACAUACUCCACAAUAUCAUGCUCGCCUGCAUCAUAAUACAUAAUAUGAUCGUUGAAGAUGAACGAGAGACGUAUCAAAAUAACGUUAAUACCAAUGAGUUUAUGAAUGCUGGAGGGAACGCUAAUGAGGACACUACCGAGUACCGUACUGAUCGUAUUGUGGAUAUCGACUUAUACUUGUCUCGUAGAACAGAGAUUGAGGAUCAACAGACUCAUUUGCAGCUAAAAAACGACUUGGUCGAACAUAUAUGGAAUAAAUUUGGUAACAACGAAAACUUAGGCAACUAGGUUUACAACAAAUGGUUAUCCCUAAGGACAUCUUACAAAACGAUGUGUAGUUGUGUUUUUUUUUAAAUAAAAUGUACUAGAUUAUAGUUGUAGAACUGUAAUCACGAUUUGUACCUCCUUUUUUUUAUGUUAAUUAAAAUUAGCUGCGUUGUUGUUUAAAAAAUAUUAAUCACAAGAAUUAAUUUUUUAAA